GCAUCGCAGGGCGGGGUAGUGCGCAUGCUCCGUACUUCUUUGUGGCCCUUGUCUCCGUGCUGCUUGCCUGGUCUUCAGGGACCUAUUCCAGCACUAAAACCGAGGAUAGCACUGUCAGGCAAACGUAUAACGAGUCGAUGAAAAAUUAUUAGUUAGGCUGCAUUGCACAAACGCGGCCUGAUAUCGGUAAAAAUCGUACGGCAGACACAAAACCGCCCAGGGCGUCGACUGACCAACGAGCAGAGCAUCCAUUCCUUGUUUCAUUGGCAGCUGAGGUUUUCCAGCGUAGCUAGCUAGCGUUAGCCAGGAGGCAGGGGACAGCUGCAUCAGAGGGAUCCUCAAAAUGUCGGGUUACCAAGGAAAGAAGAACAUCCCACGAAUUACCAGCGAUCGUCUCCUCAUCAAAGGAGCCAAAAUAGUGAAUGAUGAUCAGUCAUUCUUGGCUGAUAUUUACAUGGAGGAUGGGGUCAUUAAGCAACUUGGAGACAACCUUAUUGUUCCUGGAGGAGUUAAGAUCAUAGAGGCUCAUGGGAGGAUGGUGAUGCCUGGAGGUAUUGACGUGCACACCCGAUUCCAGAAGCCUGAGCGAGGCAUGGUGGCAGCAGAUGACUUCUACCAAGGCACCCGUGCAGCCCUGGCUGGCGGGACGACCACCAUCAUUGACCACGUGGUGCCGGAACCGGGCAUGGGCCUGGUUGCUGCUUUCAAACAGUGGAGGGAGUGGGCUGAUGGCAAGUCCUGCUGUGACUAUUCCCUGCACGUGGAUAUUACCGAGUGGAACAAAGGCACCCAGGAAGACAUGGAAACCCUAGUGAAGGAUCACGGUGUCAACUCUUUCCUGGUCUAUUUGGCUUAUAAGGAUUUUUUCCAACUUUCUGACUCUCAGAUCUAUGAGGUAUUCAGUGUUAUCAGGGAUCUCGGCGCUAUUGCACAGGUGCAUGCUGAGAAUGGCGACAUUGUUGCAGAGGAGCAGCGGCGUAUUCUGGAGCUGGGGAUCACCGGCCCUGAAGGGCACGUGCUUAGCCGUCCAGAGGAGGUGGAGGCCGAGGCAGUGAAUCGUGCCAUAACCAUAGCCAAUCAAACCAACUGUCCCCUGUACAUCACCAAGGUGAUGAGCAAGAGCGCUGCUGAUGUCAUCGCCCUCGCCAGGAAAAGGGGCGCUGUAGUCUAUGGAGAGCCCAUAUCUGCCAGCUUGGGCACAGACGGUACCCAUUACUGGAGCAAGAACUGGGCCAAGGCAGCAGCUUAUGUCACUUCGCCACCGCUCAGCCCUGAUCCCACCACCCCUGACUACCUCAACUCUCUGCUGUCAUGUGGGGACCUGCAGGUGACUGGAAGUGCUCACUGCACCUACCAGACUUCUCAGCGAGCAAUAGGCAAAGAUAACUUCACUCUUAUCCCAGAGGGGACCAACGGCACUGAGGAGAGGAUGUCUUUAAUUUGGGACAAAUGCGUGGUGACUGGAAAGAUGGACGAGAACCAGUUUGUGGCCGUGACUAGCACAAACGCAGCCAAGAUCUUCAACCUGUACCCUCGCAAGGGCCGCAUUGCUGUGGGCUCUGAUGCUGACCUUGUUCUGUGGGACCCGGAUGUCACUAAGAUCAUCUCCGCUAAGAGCCAUAACCUGGCUGUGGAGUAUAACAUCUUUGAGGGCACUGAGGUUCGAGGAGCGCCUCUGGUGGUGAUCAGCCAGGGCAAGAUUGUGUUGGAGGAGGGCAGUGUUCACGCCACCGAAGGCUCUGGGCGCUACAUCAGCCGAAAACCCUUCCCCGAUCACGUGUACAAGAGAAUAAAAGCUCGCAGCAGGCUCACGGAGUUGCGAGGUGUACCGAGGGGCCAGUAUGAUGGGCCGGUGUGCGAAGUGACUGUGACUCCCAAGGUGAUGUCCACAGUCUCAUCAGUGAAGACCUCUCCUGCCAAGCAGCAACAGCAGCAGCAACAGUUCACCCAGCAGCCAGUGCGCAACCUUCAUCAGUCUGGCUUCAGUCUGUCGGGUGCCCAAAUUGAUGACAACGUUCCUCGUCGCACCACUCAGCGCAUCGUGGCUCCCCCUGGUGGGAAAGCCAACAUCACCAGCCUGGGCUGAGCUCUUGUCUGAGCCAAGCCAGAGUGCAGGGCAACAGGGGACCAGAGGCCACUCUCACCAUUGUCACAUCAUGUCUGUUCACCUCUGACUCUCCCCCCUGUGCUCCAUCCAUUCUCAAACACACUACCACUAUGUCACCUCAUACAAAACAAGCACUAUUCCAUUUAGUUUGACGUCACGCUCCGUCAUCGUGGAAGGAUCAAGUGAACAGCAGCAGUUUUUUUUAUUUUGCUGUUCUUAAGCCCAGCUUGAUCGUCAAUUUGUUUACAUUUUUGUAUAAUAUUUGCUGUUUGAGCUGUUUAGCUGAGAAGAGGUCAGUGUCACGAUCUAACUUUUUAGAAAGAUUUCUGUUUACAUUCUUCAUGUCCUUCUGUCAAACUCUUAGAUGAGUUAGAAGGCUGUGGCACCCACCUGUGUUUGAGUAGCAUCCACAGUCCAUGUGGUAACACGGCUUUAGUACAGAAUUGUUGUAACACUGAUACAAAACUCACAAAAUGCUAAUCAUGAAAUAUUAGACAUGUCAUAACACUUGACCUUUUGCAGUAUUUGACUUUUGGGUUGCUACAAUGUGCAGCUGCACGAUUCACCAUUGUCUUCCCUUUGUGUCGUAGGUGCACUUUUUUAAAGUUGAUGCUUUAUGUUUUAAGUCACUUGGGAAAGCGCUGACUGCAGUGGAAGGAAAAUAAAGGGCAUCUGUAGGGUUAGACCACUCAUCCAGCCCACACAGGAAAUAUUCUCCCUCAUUUUCUCACUGUGUCUUCUCAUCGUGCUCGUUAAAAGGUUGUCAGGGUGACGAGCUUCCAAUAAUCACAUUGUUCGUACCGCAUUGUUUCGAAGACGCUAGACGGGCUGUUUGCCGACAACCUCUCUGCACCUGGUGCUACGCAACUGUUGCUGUAUAUGUGCAGCUGUUGUUCACAUCCACAGCAGCUGCUUAUGCUUUGUAACGAUAGCUUCCAGGGUAGAGUCAUCGGUCUCCAGGCCUGGACAGAAUCUGUGUUGCACCUGUACCAAUCCAAAUGGGAAAAAAAUGUGCGUGAGCUUGCAACGUUUUGUGUUGAUUUUGUGCGUAUUUUUUAAAACAUUUGUUGAAUUGAACUAGUUGCCUGCUUGUUUGUAAGAUAUUGAUAGCACACUGUAUUUAUGAAGGCUCUUUAAAGUAGAGGAACCGUGAUCUUUGAGACCUGAUGAGAAAUGCUUCAGUGUGUAUAUGAACCACCACAGUGUGCUGAUGAUGUGUCCACUGUUUUCGGUGUUAGUGUUGUGAAUGAAGUACCUGAUAUCCAGUUCUUCUUCUCCUACCCCGCCACCUGCCCAACAUUGCCGACACCGGACCCACUCGUGGUCCGGCAGUAACUGCAUUCACCAAACCGCGAGUACAACCGCUUGGUAGAACACGGGAUUCUUUCUUCCUCAUUGACUUGUCAAGUGUAGGUUUUGUAUGCCCAGCUAUAAUGUGAAGUGAUUUACAUGUGAGGACGUUUUGAGGUAAUGGGUAUUAAAUUAUAUUGUUGAGCACUGUUGUUGCCCCUCUCCCAACAAGUGUGAUACUCUCAGUCAUGUAUGUUCUGUAGGCUACCGGGGCUUUUGGGGUGAAAUCACCGGUCCCGUCAUCGUUUGACCCUAUCUGUGUUGACCAGUGGAUUAAACUAAUAAAAAUCAAA